CUAAUAUCAUAUAAAUUUUUUUUGGCAUAAAUAAUUAAUUGUUAAUAAUUAAAGUUGCGUAAAGAAUUAUUAUUAUAAAUAGAAUAAAAGCAGAAAGGAAAUUAUUUAGAUUGGAUUAAAAUAGAUAGAAUGGCUGAUACUGGUUAGUUAUUAUUUAAGAUUAUCAUGUUAGGAGAAACUGGUGUAGGUAAAUCAUAAAUGCUUUAAAGGUACACCAAAAAUAAAUUUACAGAAGAUUAUGUUACAACUAUUGGCGCUGAAUUUGCUACAACAAGUGUUAAAUUGAAUAAUGGGUAAGUCGUACAAGUAUAAAUUUGGGAUACAGCUGGAUAAGAAAAGUUUAGAUCUAUUACUAGAGCAUUUUAUCGUGGUGCAGUUGGAGCUGUUUUAGUUUAUGAUAUUUCAGAUUAACAAACUUUCAAAAAAUGUGAUAAAUGGCUUGACGAAAUUAAAUAAUAUAAUUAAGAUAACUAAAUUGCUAUUUUAUUAGUUGGAAACAAGAAAGAUUUAAUUGAUAAAUAGCAAGUAAAUAAUCAAGAAGCUUUAAAUUUUGCUCAAUCUAAAAACCUAGCUCUUGCAUUCUGCUCUGCUAAAACAGGAGACAAUGUUAAAGAAGCCUUCACUUCUCUCAUAGAAGAAAUCUAUUAGCAACAUGAAAAAGUCAAUUCUCUAGCAAAUAAGCAAGAAUCACAAAAUGAAAAUACCUAACCUAAGUAACAAGUAGACUAAUAAGUUAAUAGCAGAAGUGAAUUUAAGAAAAAUGAAUAAGGCUAAUCUCUAUUACACCCAAGUAAAACUGAACCCAAAAAGAAACCUUCUGGCUCUUGUUGUUGA